CUGAAAUCGAUAUCGAUUGUAACAAAAAAAGAGGAACAAGAAAAGAUCAUGAUUGCGCAAACUUCGCCUUGACGAGCCAUUGCUUCUUAAUACAGCACCCUAAAAAAAGAAAAAUAUUCAAAAUCUAAAUACCUCAUAAUCCGCACAAACACACACACACACACAGAGAGAGAGACAAUCCACCCCCCCUCAGCCGUCAUGCCUCGCCUCGCUCCAGCCCUCGACGUCUUCCCCACGCUCGUCCGCUUCCAGACCAUCCGCCCACGGCGCCUCUUCGAAGUCCCCAUCGGCGGCCCCUCGAGCAACGUCUCGGCAAAGGCCCUGCAGCAGAGCGCCAUCCACCUGUACCACGACCUCGGGGUGAUUGUCUUUGCGGGGUGCUCCGUCGCGGAGGUGCGUAGGAUAGGCGACGUGCUCAAGGAGGUUGUCGCCUGGGGCGGGCAGGGCGGCGUGGUGGCGAGGCUGGAUGCGUGGGAGGGGGAGGUUGUGAGGAGGAGGGAGAGGAGUUUGAAGGGGAAGGGGGAGCUGUAUAAGGAUUUAGAUGAGAAGAGGACUGGUAUUAUCAAACCCGAGGUGCUGCUACAGCUGGCGACAACACGAUUCGAAGAGACGCUCAAGGAGAGAAUACCGGAGCUGAAGACGGCAAAGGACAUUGACAUUCGAGAAACACAAGUCAUCCUCCCCGGAUCACCUCCCCCAAGAGGGGUCAUUAAUAAAACGGUCAAUGGCCCGCGCCGCCUCCCAAUCGAAUCAUUUACAACAAUGGGUGUCAACCGCGUCAGCGGCUACACCAUUGGCGAGACGCGCUUCUUUACAGUCGGUUCGGGCAAUUACGUUGGCGGAGCACGAGUCGAUUACCUGAUGUUGAAAUACGAAGAGGAGAAGCGGAAGAAGACAGACGAAAACGCGCAAAAGAGCACGGGCAUUAUUAGCGUAAAGCCAUACUGGGGACACGGGAAGCUCAAGCAGCGACGGAGGGCCAGCGAUGAGACGCAGAGUGCCAUCUUUGACGAGGUUGUCAGCAAGGUGAUGCAGCCGCUGUGGGAUCUGGAGCGCAGCGUGUGGGCUGUUAAGGCGGAGGAGCUGGAGAAGCGGAGGGAGAAGAAGAAAUGGGGAGGCGACGAUACCCAGGUGAAUGCUGCUUAGGCGCUUGUAGCAGAAUAUACAUGUAGUACCUACUAGUCGCGUCGUGAAAGCGCCCUUUCCGCAGCACAAAGGGGGCUUUGGUGAUGGCUUCACGCACAGCGACUGGAUGAGAAGCUUCCAGCCUUCCAUCAAGUGCCACGCUUACACCUUGAUCCGGGUAUAGACUUGAGAUGUGG